AUGACAACGAGUUCAAAGAAUGAAUUACCUUCCCCAUCAACAUUUGAACAUGUACCUCAUCUUGUUUCACAAACUAGUCUAACCACUGAUACAUUCUCAUUACCAGCAACAACUACUAGUCAUCGUAAUUCACGUACAUCAAUUGAUUUUAUACGUGAAAUGACUUGUUCAUCACCAUUACGACAAGAAUAUGCAAAUUUAACUGUACUUGAUGUUUAUGAUGAAGCAGCAUUAAUAGGAAAAGAUUUUGAACGUAUUAUUGAAGCUUAUGGAACUGAAACAAUUCGUGAUCUUGUACCAAAAGUAAUUCAUAUACUUGAAUUACUUGAAUUACAAGCAGCAAAAAAUGAAAAAGAAACAGAUAAAUUAAUUGAAAUGAAAUUACGUAUUGAACGUUUAGAAAUGGACAAAAAUGAAACACGUGAAUUACGUGAAAAAUUUAACCAAGAACUUGAACUUAUUGAAGAACAAUGGCGAAAAGAAGCUGAUAAUUUAAUGGGACUUGUUUCAAAAUUAGAAGAUGAAAAUCGACGAUUACGUGAUGAACUUCAACAUAAGACUGAUUUAAAUGAAAAAUCGAAUUUACCUAGUCAAACUGAAAUAAUUAGCAUUACUCGUGAAGAACUUCAAUGUAUUAAAAAUUUAACUGAUGAAAACAUGAAAUUAAAACGAAUGUUAAAAACUAAAGAUAAAGAAUUAACACAAAAAACACUCGAUAUAGAAGCUGUUCAAGGUCAACUUGAACGUGUUUGUAAAUUAAAUUGUACAUUACGUCAAAAGAAUACAUUUUCUGCUAAUCAAACUCAACGAUUAAUGGUAGAAAAAUUUGAUUUAGAAGUUCAACUUAAAGAAAAAGAAAAUUUUAUUAAUCAUAUGAAAGAUCGUGUUACUGAUGAACUUGCUAGUCCAACAUCACCUAUGAAUCCAAUUAAUGAUUUAACAGCACUAGAAGCUAAUCAACCACGAUUUUCACUUGAAGAAUUAAGACAAGUAUUAUGGGAACGAAAUGAUUUAAAAACAAAAUUAAUGGAAGUUGAAGAAGAAUUACGAUUAUUUAAAGAACAAGAAGAUGAUGAUAAUAAUGGCGCUGUUGAAGGUCCAAUUCCAUUAGAACCUGAUGAAAAAUUAUAUGGUCAUAAACGUGAGGAAUCAAGAAUUCGUCAAUUCUUGCGUUCAUUGUUUCCACCAACUAAACAAUCAGCAUCAUUUAAAAAAAAUACUCCAGUUAAAUCGUUAGCAACUUCAUCGACACUACUAACAUCGAAUGUAAGUGUUAGUCGAUCUUAUUCAACAUUUUCUUCACCAUAUGUCGAACUGGGUCUUUCAUCAUCACAACGAAUUUCUAUUGGAAGUAUUUUUAAUAAUAAUCGACAAAUCUCAGGCACAAAGAUUCCGUUGCUUUCAUCGCCAUCAUCUUGA